UUGUUUGUUGAGACCUGUCUUGUGCAACUAACUCAGUAACUGGUACUAGCGUGGUUUGUAAGAAGAUCAAGCUAGAUUAUUGGAUCAGCCGAUCAUCAUGCCGAUGGUAAAACAUCCUCCACCCAACGAGCAGCUAUGGAAGAAGAAGGAUAGAAAGGCGGACAAGCACGCCAAGGAUCACAAGUGUGUGUAUUCCAUGAAUGGGGACGAGUAUCGCGGUGACUACGAGUGCGAUAAGCGCCAUGGCAAAGGGAUCAUGAACUGGAAGUCUAAGAACAUGAUCUACAACGGUGACUGGGUGGAAGACAAGCGCCAUGGCUACGGCUUGCUGAGCAAAGGUGACGAUAAAGGAGGCUACAUGAAAGAGUAUGCUGGUGGAUGGAAAUUUGAUAAACGACACGGUUACGGCACUGCAUUCUAUGGAGGUCCAAGCUUCUACGAAGGCGAGUGGUACGCCGGUAAACGGCAUGGCCAUGGGCGGAUGGUUCGUGCCGACGGCUCCGUCUAUGAGGGCGGAUGGAAGGAUGACAAAGAGUGCGGUGCUGCUGAUUUGUCCCUGCCUAAUGGUAACUUUCACAAAGGAGAGUGGAAGGACGGUCUAAUGCACGGGCCGGGCGAGUAUCAUUACAUUGAUAAGGGACAGCUGUACCGAGGGACCUGGGUCAAGGGCGUGCCCAGGACAGGCACAAUCACAGAAAUUUGCCGCCACUCCGCGCCCAAUCCGAUGAAGUACCCAAUACCAGAGUGCGACUUGCUGGAUAUCGACGGAGUGCUGCGGACAGCCGCCGAGAAAGCUUUGGCGGAAGAAUGAAGCCACCAGAUUAGCAUCAUUCUGCUUUAGCGUUGAUUCCACCACUGGCCAACGUGCCCUUGAUUGUUUCGCCAGUUGAGCCAACUAACUUCAGACUUACAAAACAUGCCAAUCAGUUCACUCUCCUUCUGCAAAGCCACGGACUUGAUCAAUGAGUCGCCUGUUCUGUGUGGUUGGCGAGACAGUUUGGAUGCCAUGAAGGUAGUACAUCAGCACAUACCUGUAGUUCACUCCACCGCAAGAGAACUGUGCAGUCAUCGUUUUGGUAGCUGCUACUUUGCCAGACCAAGCUAUCGACAAUGAGCAGCUUAGGUUUACACCUCACUCCCCAAUCCGAUGUGCAAAUACUUGAAAUAGGCUGUCCCCGUGUCUAGUCAGAAGAUUGUCUGGACGUUUUGUGUAUUUCAGUCGCCGGUACGCGGUGUGCCUGAGGUUUCUAAAGCAUAGUGUAUACUGCUGUCCUUGCACGGGCAUGACGUGCUUAUCAAGAUAUAUCUGUGUGAACUGUGCUUAUCAAGAUUUAUCUGUGUGAACUGUGCUUAUCAAGAUAAACUUGUGAGAAGUGUGCUCAGCAAGAUGAACCUGUGUGAACUGGCUGUAUUUCCUUUGUUCCAUAUGACUA